CUUUUUCUAUUCUAUGUUGCAAAUACUGUUGACCGUCUGUCUGACGGUGUCAAGCUUGGAUAUUAUUUAUACAAUAAAAUUACUUUCGUUUGCAGUAUCAGUAUCUCAAUAAAAUUGAUAAAAUUAAACUGCCUUCGAUAAACCAGUUGAUACCGUUUGAUUGACACAAAAAUGAGCGAUAUUUAUUCAAAGAGUGCCAGAUGCUUUCCGAACGAAUGCUACAUUUGCAGAUCGAGAGAAAAUUUAAUAAGAUGCGAAUGCAAAAUGAUAUCCUACUGUUCCGAAGAUCAUCGACAACAACACCUAUCAAUACACAAAGAUUUUUGCAAAGUAGUAAAAGAAUUGUUGAAACUAAAAGGAAUAACACAUAUUCAUGAAGAGCUUAUUUAUAUAUUUGGUCCCGAAUGGAGUACAAGAAAACAAGAAAUCCGGAAGGAAAUCAUAAAGAAACUGGGAAGAACUUUAAGUCCACUGGAAUUAGCAAUGUGGAGUCGGCCUCGUAUUUGUUUCGUUUGUCACGAAACAAAACAAGCGGAUUUAAAUAAUUGUCCACAUUGUCCAAUAGCGACUUUUUGCAAGGAACAUAAACACGAUGAAUUUCAUGAUGAAAAUUGUAAAUUAAUGAAUACUUAUUUAAAAGUAUUAACAACGGCCGAAGAAUUAAAUAUUGAUUUAGAUUUUCUAUCGUCUGCUUUUCCAUUUACUGGAGUGGGUAUAUUGUUUCGAGGAAUUGAUGUACUUACUCUCACAUAUAAACCAAAUAAUAUGGAGGAAAGAUGUUCAAAAUCAAGAUUAUUGAAAAAGGACCUUAUUAACUUUAUGGAUGCAGCUUCAAAAAUUAAUAGUGCUUUAAAUAAAAUUCACGACACAAUUCCAGAAAAACUGACAAUUCACAUCGAUGCCCUUUCCUCUGAACACGCAAUUAUAAAAAAAGAUUAUUGGGAGUUUCUCUUGCACCUCAAUCCGCAGAUAAAACAUUUAAAAAUUGCCAUCACUCAAACUGAAAAUCGGAACGAUUCUAAGUGUCUUUGCAAAAAUUGUCAUUCAGAGGGUAAAGAAUUGAUUAUUGAAUAUUCGUCAAAAUCUUACGACGAUUACAUGCUGGAUGAAAAUUAUCUGAAACCGGAUAUUCUGUUUUAUGUUCAAAUUAAUGAUGAAUGUAAUUCCGAAAGAUUAAACAAUUGGAGUGAAUUUAAUUGUCCCGUCAUUUUGCGAUUUGAUACAAAUUUGAAUUUUUUUAAAAUACAACAUUUUCUCUUGUUUAAAACAGAAAAGUUUCGUUCUAUUUACGAAGGACAAAUAAAAGCACCAUUCAGUACAUUAUCCUCAAUUGAACAUGAAGAUUAUUUUAUAAUUUUGCAAUCAAAGGAGAACAAGGUACUUGAAAACUCUUGUGAUACAAUUACAGAUGAAAUCUGCGAGGAAACAAUUGCUAAAAACACGACUCAAUCUCUUUUAGUAGUUAAGGAUAUUGAUUCAGAAAAUCUAAACUGUGCUGAAAAUAUAAUCACAGAUGCUGCCAAAACUACUCAGUCAGAAUCAAAAGACAGUACAAAAUUUCUACCAAACGAACAUCAAUCAGCUUCCAAUUCCUUCAUCGAGUCAAACAAGAUUAUAAUUGAAAACGAAAAUACAAACACAGACGAAACCGAAUUGGAGAAAAAUUCCACUAACGAAAAAAUGGAAAACAAAAGUUCGAAUAAUUUAGCAGAACCCGCAGUUCAUACGCCGAAUGCUGAAGAAAUAAAGGAACAAAAAUCCGAGGAUCAGAGAACAAUAUCUCCAUCGUCAUCUGUAUGUUCAUUUGUGAUUAUUUCAGAACCCGGAGAAGAGAAGGAAGAAAAAAUUACUGAAAAUUCCAAAACUGAAGAAAAUGAAAAGUUUUCAAAAUCGGUCGACAACGAAUUUCUUGCUCCAAAUGAAGAUGGAGGAAAAAAUGCGGAAGGCGAUAAUACGCAAAAGAAGAAUAUAGAAGAGCGGAACGAAGAAAAAGAGGGAAAUAAAAAAAUUAGCCUCAGUUGUAAAAGUUUCGAGAACAAUGAUUUUAGGUUUUCUCAGUCGUCGUAUCUACUCGAACAUAUUUCGUAUCUUAGAAACGAAAUCGAAGGCCUACGACAACAAUUAAAUUUAUCUGUCAAUGAGGUAACGAAUUUGCAAACAAAGCUUGAAAAAGUUUCUUUAGAUUCACACAAAAAGGAUGAGUUUAUAAAGAAAAUAUUAUGCGAUAUUGUCGACUUUGCAGACAUUAAAAUUGAAUACACAGAUUCAUUGAGUGAAAACAACAUUUAAAUAGUGUUAAAAAAAUGCCUCCAUUUUUAUUUCUUUAAAAGAAAUUUUCUAGCUUUUCCUUUUUUUUUUUUUUGAAUUUAAAAU